AUGACCGUGCUCGGUCAUCACACUCUGGCCCGCGAGUGCACGAUCAGAAACCUGCAGCUUCCAGACAUGAUGAUGUGGAAGCUCGGCGCAAAAUCCGAGACCGAUCCAGUGAGGAACGCGUUCAUGUUUGUCUGCGCGUGCAGGACGGGCAAGACAAACAAGGACUUUUCGCUCAACUACAUAUCUGCUGUGAGGCACAUAGAUAGGACGCUGUGCGCGGUCGGAGCCACGCUACUGUGGCUGCACUGGGUGUACGACUUGGUUCCCAUCCUCUACAAGGACAUAGCCCCCCCUCUCGACUUCACGGAACCCUCGACGUGGUACGAUCAAUACCUAUUCUUCCCCCUUCGUGCGGGCACCGAGAAGCAAAUACCGCCCACGACUCAUCACGACUGGGUGGCGAAGAUUCUCCAGGACGCGGGAAUCACAUGCUCACGUGCGGUACACGCGACUAGGGCUGGGGGGGCGCAGCAUGCGUCCGCGGACGGAAUGCCUUCGGAUCAGCUCGCGAGGCUGGGUGGUUGGCGCUUCAUCAACGUGAUGACUAAGCACUACCUCACAACCAUUCAGAGGGAGGCUGUGCUGCUGAAGGCAGGCUUCACCGGGGUUGACGUUGACUACUUCCUUGGUCGCGCAACUGUGCCAGUGAGCCCGGAGCCGGAGAAGCUACUGAGGAAGCACAUUUUUCCCUGGGCCGCCCCGGACAAAGGACAGAAACAGUGCAAGGAUUGCAACCGCAAGAUGGUCAAAGAGCAGAAGCUGGAGAAGCAGGACACCGCAGGGCUAAACAUACUGAAGGAGCUGGAUGGGGACGCUAGGAUGGCGAUCGUGCAAGACCUGGCAAUGUAUUACAUCCACCAGCUGCGACACCUGUACGUGGUCAACAACCCGCUCUGCCAGACGGAGGAAUUUGCGUCGUGGGCUGCAGAUGUCUCCUUGGCAAAUCAACUAGCCAUAAAGGUGAGUACCAGAAUGGGCGCGCAGAACCAAGUGAUCGUCCUCACUGAGUACCUGACUCGUUCACAAGCGGACAACACCAGACUGGGCCUAGAGUUGGUCGCGACUCAUAAACGGGUGAAAGAGCUGGAGGGACUGCUGGAGGAUCGCGAUCGGAAGCUGGCCACGAAGGACGAGCGCGUGAAUGAUUUGGAGGCCCAGCUGUCGCGUCUCACCGUGAGCAGCUCUGGGCCGACCGCGGAUCCGAGUCUGGCAGACACUCCUUGUGCCGCGGCCGAGCCUGCUAAGGCCACAACUCCCACCGACCAGGGAACGAGGAAGAAACCCGCACAGCCCAUGAGGGAAGAGACGAUUCGGGACGCGAUCGUCCUCCCAUGGGUCAACGCGGCAAAACCGUCGGACGGCUGA